AUGAGUGAAGUUACUGGUUUGAAAACAGAGGAUUAUUUUACGGGAAUGUUUCCAAAUUAUGCGCAAGAAUAUAGAAUUGCUAUAUAUGACUAUAGGAAUCAUAAUUUAUCAUGGGUGACAACUGCAUGUAAUAAUUUCUGUAAAGACACGACAGGUAAUAUAUGUAAAAAUUUUCUUGUUGACUGCACAUACCUUGGUCGCUUUUUGCAUUAUAUAUUUAAACGGGGAAGAGAUAGUUAUACUAAAGAAAGGUGUAAAUAUUUUUUUCUCAAGUUAAAGCUAGAAUUAGUACAAAAGGGAAUUUUAUGUGAAGAUUUUAAAUCAUGCUUUCGUAAAUUGGUAGAUUACUUAAUAAAACAGAAUUAUUUAAGUCAAGAUAGUUUUUGUAGUGAAUAUGUUUAUGAUGUGGAUAGUAAUGUAUUACCUAUAUUUAAUAACCUCGAUAAACUGUCUAAAUAUUUAUAUGAAUUCGGUAUAGGCACUCAAGGAAGAUGCCAUAGAUAUAUUAGGAAAGAUUGUGAUGGUUAUUUAAGGUUUUUAAUAAAUUCUGAAUAUAUGCUUAAGGAAAAUUUUUAUAAAGAACUUGAUAAAAUUCUGAGGAUUUAUAAGAGAUAUUGCCCCGAGAGUGAUGUAAGUUUACUCACCUACUUGGAGAUAAUAACAAAUGAGGAAAAAAGGAAACGGAAAUUGUUUGAGGAAAGCCAAAGAUUUAUUGUACAGGAAACUUUAGUAACAGAUAAUAUCUCAGACGCAAGCGAAGUCGUGGUAAAACAGAAAAUGUCAGAAAUCGAGCAAGAUGCUAGGAAAGGCAUCAAGGAAAGGGGCUUAUCAAAGAUAACUUCAGGAGUGUUUUUUUCUUUUCUUGCAAUAAUAAUAAUGACAUUAAUUUUUUACAAGUAUACAAGUUAUGGUGCAAUUUUACAACGAAAGGUAGGGAAAUUAAGAAGAAAUUUAAAUAAAAAAAAUAAGCAUCAUAUAAAUAUAAUGGAUUCGUCAGAAUUCACACAAAAUUAUUUGUUUAAUAAUAAGUACAAAAUAACAUAUACCUCUAGCGGAUACAGAUGA